AUGUUGUUACUUUGGCAUGAGGCAUUAGGUACGGACGAUGAACAGGCAACAGAAGACGAACUCUAUGCACGCAUUAUAUAUUCAUAUGAAGACUCUCAAGAUGCCAGAAUGCUGUUGCAAAGUCUUCAUUUUGUCCAAGGGUUGCUGGCGUUUGUACGAGCACUUGAACGCAGUAAAGACUUGACAGAAGGAGUAGCGACGACGGAGUGGACACCUCAAUGGACAAGUGUCACGCUCACUAGACGACGAUUCUUUAUAUUGGAAGUAGAACCACAAAUUUUCAUGGCAUUGGGCAUCCAGCCUAUUGUUGAAAUUGCACGAAAAGACCAUCGAGCUGGAUAUGAAGCACUGCUUCGUGACAUAUACGGCAUGUUUCGACUGUUUCAUGGGACCAUUGAGAGUAAUUUACGGCUGCUGCCCUCAGUUGAUGGAUCCAACGAGUCGGACAUGACUUUCAAGAAGGAUACAGAUGGAAUGGAUCUCUUGAUGAACAUCGCUGCGGUGCGAAAACGAUUGCGCAAGCUUCGACUUGCAAUUGAUUUGAUCACUCAUCACAUGCCACGUGAUGUCUACAACGACGGUAAAGAGUGUGAUAAUGAGAUGGCGCAAUUACAGGACGAGAAGCAGACAACAGAGGCAGAACUUCGGGCGUUGGUGGCACUAUCUCCGGCUACAACACUGCAAAAGAAAUGUUCUGAGUUUUUCCCCACGCUCCUUCAAUCCCUGAAUGUUCGCAGCGUUAGUGCGAUGUCGGAGUUGCAAGGCCUUAGCUAUUUUCCAAUGGACCAGCUCACGUUUUUAUCGUUGCAAACCUUCGUAAAUGGCUUUCACACCGAUAUACGGUUAUCUGAAUCAGGUGUGGAAGUAGAACGCGUGGAGAAUAUGGCGCUGUUUUUCAAGGGCAAUCUUUUGUGGAAUUCUCUGGAAACCACGACGAUGCAUUUGCUCUACAAGUUCUUACAGCUUCGCGAAGAACGUGGUAUGACCAUGCUUCGUGGUGAUGAUGAACAUGGUUGUGGUGAUGUGAAGUCUGCUCUGACGCCAUCAAAUGAUGCGGACGCCGAGCUGUGGAUGACCAACCCUUACCAAGAUACGUUUCUUCCUGUUUGGUCAAGCAAACUUUCCUACACAGAAUGCGAUGUGAUUGCUCAGAGCAAAAAUGGCCGCCCUCCUGUGCGUAUGGCAGCUCGCUCGCUGCACAAGCAGCAUCCAGCCUCGCUGUCAACGUUUCUAUCUGAAGCUCUGCCUUCCUCUGGUGGUGGCAAACUCUUGGCUCCUGUCUUGACUCCACCGUCCAGUGUUGGUACUGAGCCAUCACAAUGUUGUCCGCCUCCGCAUUCUCCUACCUCGCUGACUCGACAUAUAGGGGCACGCAGGAGUGAAACGAGCUCUGCUAACUUUCAUGGUGCAGUUAAGAAUCGUGCAAGGACCCCAUCGUUUCGAAAUGCUGGUCUGAUGCUGCAUAAUGGCUGCUUUUCAAAGCUACUUCAUCCAAAUCGAGAAAUACAAUCAGGAAGAGGUUGGAGUGGAAUUGAACGUGUGUGGAGUCCGCUUGUAUAUCCUCUUCAUGGUGUAUCUCCUUCCAUUGCGACUGCCGCGCGCAAAGUGAUGGCUGCAAGGCAUCGAGUAGUCGUGUGGCACGAGGCAGAUCUCACAAUGAUUCUUUUGCUCCAUCUUAACGAAACCAAGCAUGAUUCAACUAGUGCAGCACCAACAAAGUUACAGGCGAGCACAAUAGAGCGUCUAGAAGACUAUCUGGAGGGUCAGCAACGAUUCCAGACUCUAGCAAAAUUCAUUCUUACUCGAUACAACGCCACAUUUGCUUCUAAAAAAAAACAUGUGCCAAGACUCUUGAAAAGCAAGGAGGACGACUUGUUCCCUGUACCAGGCAAAUUGUUAGUGCACUACUUCCCAGCGUCUGCUACGAGUCUUAUCAACAAGCUUCACGCGGAGCUGCACCAAUCUUUUAGCACUGGUAAUCGUGAAAUCUGCGUUCGCACGCGUCAUGCUGGCUGGGUGCUUGCCAAAAAGUCAGAGACAUCGCAUCGUGAGCUGUACGUCUUUAUCGACAGCAAGAUGGGCUCCACACUGUACGAUCUUGCUGAUUCACUCCAGAUGCUGCUGGACGACCAAUUUGGAAACGUCUUGUUUUAA